AUGCCUGAGAGGAAUCGCUCGCAAAGAGUGCAUCAGAGAUCUGUGGCAGUGGGUAACGAAUCUCAAGAAGUGAACGGAUGGACGCAUGAUAUUGAAGACCACAAGAAGAGCAAAAUGGGUGCAAACAAAGUGUCGAAAGACUACAUAUCGAUAGCAGUUCUGCUCUUUCUAUAUGUAUUACAAGGAAUACCAUUGGGUUUGGCGGCCAGUAUUCCGAUGAUACUGACGAACCGGAAGGUUAGUUAUGCAGAUCAGGCCAUCUUCUCAUUCGUCUCGUGGCCCUUCUCUGUCAAACUCUUGUGGGCACCGAUUGUCGACUCCUUAUACCUGUCAGCCAUGGGUCGCCGCAAGACAUGGCUUAUUCCCACCCAAUACGCCAUCGCUGUCUUCAUGUUAGUGCUCUCGCAGACAGUGGACUCACUUCUGGACGACUCUGGCGUCGGGCCCAACAUCUAUCUGCUGACGGCUGUCUUCUUUGCGCUCAACUUCUUGGCCGCCACUCAAGACAUAGCAGUGGACGGGUGGGCGCUAACUAUGCUGUCCCGCGAGAACGUGGGCUAUGCCUCCACUUGUAAUACAGUGGGACAGACAGCCGGCUAUUUCUUGGGGAACGUCGUGUUUCUGGCCUUAGAAUCGGCCGACUUUUGCAACAAUUAUUUGAGAAGUGAGGCGCAAACGCACGGAUUGGUGACAUUACCCGGGUUCUUCUACUUCUGGGGACUCGUGUUUAUGGUGUCGACGACUCUCGUAAUGAUAUUGAAACGCGAGUCCAAUAGUUUGCCGGANGUGUUUCUGGCCUUAGAAUCGGCCGACUUUUGCAACAAUUAUUUGAGAAGUGAGGCGCAAACGCACGGAUUGGUGACAUUACCCGGGUUCUUCUACUUCUGGGGACUCGUGUUUAUGGUGUCGACGACUCUCGUAAUGAUAUUGAAACGCGAGUCCAAUAGUUUGCCGGAUGACGAGCCAGAAAUGGGAGUCGCGGAGACCUAUUCAAUGCUAUACCGUAUCUUUCACUUACCGUCCAUUCGUUUGUUUGCAUUGGUUUUGCUGACCUGUAAGAUGGGGUUCGCAGUGACCGACUCGGCCACUGGUCUUAAGCUUAUUGAAGCGGGUGUUCACAGAGAGAACUUAGCACUUCUAGCCAUUCCAAUGGUUCCCCUCCAGAUACUAUUGCCCUGGAUUAUCAGCAAAUACACUAACGGUCCCCAACCACUCACUGUAUUCCUGAAGGCUUACCCAAUUAGACUAUUGUUUGGUAUUGUGUUUGCAGUCCUCCUUUGGUGGACAAAACACGUGAAAUCCUCGAGCGACGGCACAUUCCCGGCCUAUUAUUAUGGCGUCAUUUUGUUUGCCUAUGCUUUGCAUCAGAUCGCUCUCUACAGUAUGUUUGUGGCUCUCAUGGCAUUUCACGCCCGCAUAAGUGACCCGUCCAUUGGUGGCACUUAUAUGACUCUACUCAACACAAUCACCAAUUUGGGCGGCAACUGGCCCUCCACUCUGGCCCUCUGGUUCAUUGACCCCUUGACCAGAAAGUCGUGUUCAGUGGGCGACACUUCAUGCAAUGACUCGCUCUCUGUGGAGGAAUGCCAACUGAAGAACGGCGCCUGUGAUGUCACUGUUGACGGCUAUUACGUGGAAGUAGUUCUCUGUGUUGUGUUGGGAUUGGUUUGGUUUAAAUGGGGCCGAAGUAAGAUUCAUAACCUUCAGAGAAAACCAUUGACUGCUUGGAAAUGUAGAUAA